AUGGAUUCCUCACCUUUUCUCGAUCGCUAUCAACAGUUAAGCUUACUGGACCAGCAAAAGAACCAGCUGAUUGAGGAACUCCUUCAACGAGUGACCGACCUUGAGACCUCCUUCCAGCGCGAAAAACUUGAUCAUGAACGCGAAACCCGCUUUAAUCGUGAUAUCCAGUUGCACGAGAUGGAAUUAAUGCAACAGAUAUCGCAAAUCAAAACCAUCAUGGACCGAGAACCCUUUGUCGUGGUACUUCUCGACGGAGAAGGAAUAAUUUUCAAGGACGAGUUUCUACAGCUCGGUGAAGAAGGUGGUCGAAAUGCUGCUAAACAACUCUUCAGCAGUUUGCACUCAUAUCUGCUCGCCAAUUUUCCAAGUAUCAAUACGCCGAAGAUAAUCACCAAGAUCUACAUAAAUCUGAAGAACCUGGUCGAGCUCUGUACUCGCAGUGGCAUCGUCCCCGAGCCGGUCGUGAUCUAUGACUUCAUUCGAGGCUUUAAUGAAACGAUGCCACUUUUUGAGAUUGUGGAUAUUGGUUCUAGCAAGAAUAAGGCAUACGAUAAGGUUUAUGAGACUUUCCAGAUCUUCCUUUACAACUGCCAUUGCCACCAAAUCUUCCUGGGCUGUGCAUCGAAUAGUGAAUACGCCCAUUUUCUCGACGAAACUAUGGAAGACGGAGAUCUCAGUGGUCGAAUUUCGUUAUUGGAGGGCGUUACAUUCGAUAAAGACUUGGAAACUGCUAAGAGUACAUAUCGAACCGCCAAGUUCCCAGAAGUCUUCCGUACGACCAAGCUGGCACCGUCAUGGAUUGCACCAUGGAAGAGUACCUUGCCUUCCCGAGCCUUGAUGACCCCGUCACCCUCCCAGCAGUUUCAAACUCCCCCUCCACCUCUGUCCCGUACUUCGACCAAUACUAGCACUUCGGGUACGGGCACAGGCACGGGCGCAACUCUGCCUGCUGCUGUUAAAUUGACUGAUGCAUCCCCUGAUUUCCAAGUCGUUCGCUCUAAGGUAUCUGGAUCUUUGCCUCACAAGGCUGUGGAACGUAACAAGUACGGCCAACGUGUGGACCGUCUUGAUUUCAAGAGCAUUCCUCGUGACGAUUUGAACCGUCUUAAGAAGCUUAAAUUAUGCAACUAUCACUUCCUCUUGGGCGAAUGUCCGAAUGAAGAAAACUGCUACCAUGAUCACGACCGCAAGUUGACUCGCCAAGAACUCCAUAUUUUGUCUGCUAUCGCUCGCAUGACCCCUUGCCGGUUUGGUUUGGAAUGCGACGACCCGGAUUGCAUUUAUGGCCACCGAUGCCCUCAAAGUGAGCCUGGCAAGAAAACUUGCUUCCGAGGAGAUACUUGUCGCUUCGAGCCUGUUGCUCACGGCAUUGACACUAACAUUGUCAAGGUGACCAAGAUCUAG